GCGGAGAAACCGGUCCCUGCCAUGACAACGCUUCCAUCACUUCCGGGCUGAGAGCGACGGCCGGCGCGAGUCAGCAACCGCACCGACCCAGAAAAAAACAACAAUCAUCGCUCUGUAUUUGCCUCGUCAAGCUGUUCUAUAAUACAUUUUUACCAUUUAAAAAGGAUGUUGUGAGUCUAACUGAAUCAGCGGCGUCAUCUUGGAAGAAUAAGGGAAAGCUCAUCCUUAUUCCCAGGAGGCUUUGCACACCCUCAGAGCAGGAAGCAAGAGUGGGAAAAAGAAAUGGAUCAGGAAGUUGCCCUCUUAGCCAGCAGGUUUGACAAAAGACAGUAGUACGGCCAACAAGUACCAUCUAUACCUUAAAACACUUCAAGAACGCAGAAGAACUCGGUAAGACCUUCAGAAGAAGAGGAAUACUAUCACAUACUUGGAGGAAAGCAAAGAACAGCACAAAGAUGAAGUUGAAGGAGGACAUGUCUCCUCUCCUGCUGCAGGUCUUUCGAUCGGUGGUCUGGGUUUAUUCAGUCAUCACGUUCCUGCCCUGGUACCUGCUCUCCGGAGCCAGCGGUAGGCUGGCCUAUGCUAAACGGGUCAAAGCACGCUCGGUAAGCGGGAAUCCGGCAGGGUCGUACCGGGCUGUGAACAGCCAACAGAAGUUGGUGUCCCUGCUGCAUGAGGGUGUGGAUACUUUGGAUAAAGUAUUUGAAUACGCCGUAGUACACUUCCCUCAAAGAGACUGCCUCGGCACCAGAGAGCUGCUGAGCGAGGAGGAUGAGAUACAGCCUAACGGCAAGGUCUUUAAAAAGGUGAUUCUGGGCGAUUAUAACUGGUUGUCGUAUGAAGACACUUUCCAUCUGUCUCAGAGGUUUGGUAGUGGGUUGGCUGCACUGGGCCAGAAGCCUCUUUGUAACAUCGCCAUUUUCUGCGAGACUCGUGCAGAAUGGAUCAUAGCGGCGCAGGCUUGCUUCAUGUACAACUUCCCCUUGGUGACUCUAUACUCUACAUUGGGAGGAGCAGCUAUCGCUCAUGGUCUAAAUGAGACUGAGGUUACACACAUCAUCACGAGCAAAGACCUGCUGCAGAGCCGCCUCAAGGCCAUUCUGAUGGAUGUACCCAGAUUGAAGCACAUUAUAGUGGUUGAUAAGAAGCCCAAGAGUUUGCCUGAUCUCCCCAGAGGCAUCAUGGUUCACAACAUGGCUGCUGUGCAAGAACUGGGAGCCAAACCUGAAAAUAUAAUGGUGUCCCGCAGACAGCCUGUCCCAUCUGAUAUCGCAGUGAUCAUGUACACCAGCGGCUCUACAGGCAUUCCUAAAGGAGUCAUGAUCUCCCAUAGCAACAUCAUCGCUGGCAUCACCGGCAUGGCUGAGCGCAUCCCUAACCUGAAUGAGAAUGACACCUACAUUGGCUACCUGCCACUUGCUCAUGUCCUGGAGCUCAGCGCUGAGCUGGUGUGUGUGUCACAUGGCUGCCGGAUUGGAUAUUCGUCACCUCAGACUCUUGCUGACCAGUCAUCUAAAAUUAAAAAGGGUAGCAAAGGAGACACCAGUAUGCUCAGACCAACACUGAUGGCAGCCGUACCUGAGAUUAUGGACCGUAUCUAUAAGAAUGUGAUGACUAAAGUUGAAGAGAUGAGCAGUGUGCAGAAAACUCUCUUUGUUCUGGCGUACAACUACAAGAUGGAGCAGAUCUCUAAAGGAUAUAACACGCCGCUCUGUGACCGGCUUGUGUUCAGGAAGGUUCGCUCAUUGCUGGGCGGUAACAUGCGUGUACUGUUGUCUGGCGGAGCUCCUUUAUCUGCAGCUACUCAACGUUUUAUGAAUAUCUGCUUCUGCUGUCCUGUGGGACAGGGCUACGGCCUCACGGAGACCUGCGGAGCCGGGACCAUCAGCGAUUUGGCUGAUUACAGCACUGGACGUGUUGGAGCUCCUCUGGUGUGUUCAGAGUUCAUGCUGAAGGACUGGGAGGAAGGUGGCUAUUUCAGCACAGAUAAACCAAACCCACGAGGAGAGAUUCUGAUUGGUGGUCCCAACGUCACCAUGGGUUACUAUAAAAAUGAGCAGAAGAACCGAGAGGAUUUCUUUGUGGAUGUGAACGGCCAGCGCUGGUUCUGCACCGGAGACAUCGGAGAAUUUCACCCUGACGGCUGCCUCAAGAUUAUCGAUCGUAAGAAGGACCUUGUGAAGUUGCAAGCUGGUGAAUAUGUGUCUUUGGGCAAAGUGGAGGCUGUGCUCAAAAACUGCUCGCUCAUUGACAACAUCUGUGCUUAUGCCAACAGUGAGGAGUCUUAUGUGAUUGGGUUUGUGGUGCCCAAUCAGAAACAGUUAACUGCCCUUGCUGAGCAGAAGGGCAUCAGAGGAUCAUGGGAAGAGAUCUGCAACCAUGCAGAGAUGGAGAAAGAGGUUCUACGUAUCAUCACAGACGCAGCUAUAACAGGUAAACUGGAGCGCUUUGAGAUCCCAAAGAAAAUCCGCCUGAGCGCCGAACCCUGGACGCCCGAGACAGGCCUGGUUACUGACGCCUUCAAACUCAAACGCAAGGAACUAAAAACACACUAUCAGGAUGAUAUCGAGAGGAUGUACGGCGGCAAGUGAAUGAAGCCAGUCGGUGUUAUGUGGUGGGGAGGGAGGGAGGGAGGGGGGGGUUUAGGACACACCAUAUACCACAAUGCCUAUAUAUGAAAAAAACGUCCCACAAUCCUCUGCCUUCCUGCUCCCUGUGAUGCUCUGCGAUCCAAACAGGGACACACUUGAAUUUUCAUUAAGUUAUGGUUUGAUGAGAGGGAACAGAGCGACCUGCUGCAGCAGGUACUACAGUAAAUAACGCACUUUUAUUCUUAUAUGAUUCAUGAGAGUGAAUACUGAAAGACAGACAACACAACCUACAGACUGUGAGACUUUUGGACCCCACCCACUUGCUUCUCUCUCAUUGGCUCUCUUUGAUAGGCACGCCCCCUCACCCCACCCUCACAUUGUUCUGCAGGCAGAUGCGCUUGAUAAUUCCACCCUACUGUGAAGCGGUCACACUGAAAUCUCAUCAAGAGUUUAUGCAGGGAAACGGUUUGCAAUUUGGCUGUAUUUUUUGUUGCUUAUUUUUUUGUUAGGUUUUUUUUUUCUUUUUUCAAAGACUUGUUUUUUUUGGAUAUGUAUUGAAUGCUUCUCUAACUGUAUCUGUUACAAUGUUAUUUUUUCUGGUACUUUGCCGUUUGUACUUGACAUUUUGUUACUUUGAACUUUGGCUUCUGUUGUUUACUUGUAUCCAAAGGCUGUUACUGUUGCCCUGUGUGAAAUGAACAAUGUAUUUCAGGUACAAGUGCACACUGAGGACUGUGUACCUAGAAAGAAACCUAACAACCCAGACCAGGAGAGACCAGUAUUACACCAGAUAUCUGUUCUGAUGUAACAAAAGCUGUUAUGGAGAGCAGUCUUAAGCCAGAGACGUGCUCUAAUACUACAGUAAGCUUAUACUGAUUUUUUUCAGGGCGACUUUAACAAUAAUCCUAUUUCACAGACAUGCUCCAAAUUGUGCAUUUCUAUGUCAGUGAGUUGGCGUCAGGUCUGCAUCUGAAAGAUUCACUCCUCGUUCCUCUCAUAUGGGAUGUAUUACUCCAUACUUAACGCGUAUAUUUUUUGUCUGAAUUUGUAAAGCCUUUAAACAUAUUCCUUUCUAAAAAUGUCAUGUGAUCAUAUUUUGUCAGCCAUUGUGUUGGGUGAAUGUUUUGCAAGGGAGCCAAGUGUUGCCAUUGAGUAGUUUGGGUACCUAUUUGUUUCUUAUUAUAUUGUGAUGUUGUCAUUGUAGGAAAUGAUUAGUGACUUCAACAAAGAGAAAAAUUAUGAAUUUGAAUGUGCAAUAGACUUAUGUAUUCUGAGAUGCAACAAAUGAAAUGCACAGUCCGGUCCCAAGAGCAUGAAUGUCUCCAGCCUCCUCGAUGUAACGGAAGAGACACAUUUAUUCUGCUUCAGACUGUGCAGAUCACUUACAUCAUUCGACAACUGAUGCAUUAUGAUUCGCAUUUGACUUUGCAUGAUUCAGGAGUUGUAAACCAAACAAAUAAGCUUUGAAUAAGAACAUAUUGUAUCGCAGACAUCGAUAAAUGUGGCAUUUGGAAAAAUGGGGCAAAUGUUUCUAAAUCUGUGCAUUUAUUCAUUAUAUGAAAAAUGUAGAUUUUUCAGCACUUAACAUUUUCAAGAUGAAAAGGUCAGAACAUUUGUUUUAUGUUUUCUCGAUUGCAUUAGAUUAAUCAUUGGUUCUAGAAACACUCCAGCUUUGCCGUCACAACUUGAUGCUCUUUACUGAAAGUACUUUGUUUGUGUUUUAUUAUCAUUUUUGUUUGUCCUAAAAGUAACUGAAGGCAAAUGGUGUUCCUAAACUAGACAAGUCUGCCUUUCUUGUGCUCAAUGGAGGAUAUUGUUUUCCUUUUUUUCACAGUGGAAAUUAAAAGUGGUUUAUAGGAAAUGAUACUUUUGAUCAUUUAUUUCUGUCUUCGAAUUCAGGGAGUGACACAUCCCCUCUCAAAGCUGCUCUACUGCUCACCCUGAUUGUGCUUCAUUUACGUCCUGUGAUGUCAUUUGUUCCUGGCCAAUCAGCUGUUAGUCUAGAGAGAGCUCCAUCUUUUUUCCGAUUUUCUGAGCCAAACUGUAAUCUGAUUGAUGUAUUCACCUGUCAGUCAUGACCUUGGCAACAGCUAACCGAAAUGAAACACAUAAUUCUGCCUGUUGAACGCUUACGCCAUCAACAUGUCUGUGUUUAACUGUAUACUACUUUACGUUCUUGAUGUGCUUGAUGUUUAAUGGCUACACACAAGCCUAUUGAGCAUUCUAGACACACAAAGAGGAUGUUUGGUGAAUUCUCUCUCCUUCUGUUACCUGCUCUGUAAAUAUGACUUUUAAGUCAGAAACUCAUAAAGUUGCAUUAAGUAGAUGUACAAAUGUAAUAUCUCCAUUAAAUAUGUUUAAUCUUUGUUUCUGACCAGGUUUGGGGUAUUUUCUCCUUUGUGUGAGUGGUUACUGUCUUACGACAAGCAGGUAAAAGCAAACAACUCCUUUAUUUAUUUGUAAUCUGGCCUUGAAACUAUGUUUGAAACUAAGGAAUAAAGUUUUGUGAAUUACAAUA